AAUACUGAUUCACAUGAGUCAUUUUAACAGUAUUUGUAUGAUAUUAAUCUUGCCGAAACCUCAUGUGUUUCAAUAUACUCCGGGAUGUGCACUGGAGCGUACAUUGAACAACAAUAGGCCGUGCACAGCGGCCAAUUCAAGCUUCAACACGGUUCACCUCCACAGACUUUACAGACUCUGUGUGUGUACAAAAGUCACGAGGGAUUAGCGUGUUAAUACAAGGGAUUUAGCGUGUUUAGACGUUCUUCACCAAGAGGCAAGUCAAGAAAAUCUAGACGUCUAACCCGUCAGCUGCGCCUGUGCACAAAAAGUAGUGUUAUCACGUCCUCCGACGCGAACUGCAUUGUUAAAAGUAUUUCGCGACCAGUCAUUUGAACCAGAACAAUUUUGCUCUCCCACGUGUGUUUAGGACAGUGUGCUGGUUGGUCAGGUCACAUACUCAUGCAUAAUUUAUUUUAAAAUAAAUUUGGGACAGGCACUAUGGUAUAUGUUCAUGUAGGCGUAUGUCUCAAAGUAUGCAUCAUUAUUGCAUAUAAAAACCCAAAGCUUCUUCUUGUGUCAGGCGUCGUUGGCGAUUUGUUUAAAAAACCAUCCAUGCAGCUCUUGUUCACACUCCCAUUCCACUGCCCUGUCUACUACUGGCUGAUCCGGUCAACCGAGAAGCGGGGAUAGCCUGGUGCUGUGGCCCACCACUGCAGGGAUAGGACAUCAUCGGGACGGCACACUACCAACCAAAACAACAUGACGCAGGAGAGCUGGCACCACACCUCACAAUAUACUGAUGUCAGACUUCGUGUUAUACAUCAUGUUUUGAGGUCAAGAAAAACCAAGAUGGUAAAUAUACAUGUCCACCGGGAUUUAGUCGUUGUGGAGAUACAGGUGUGCCAUUCUGUAUUUGCAAGAACACUAAAGAUGCUAAAUGUAAAGAGUACUGCUGCUGAGCCACCCACUACUGCUGAGCCACCCACUACUGCUGAGCCACCCACUACUGCUGAGCCACCCACUACUACUAAGUCUGACCUUGAAGACCUACCCGCAUGGUUGAAGGCAUGUCUUGGCAUUAUAAUUGGGAUCCUCUUUCUGAUUUUUGGCAUGACUGUGAUAAAUAAAUUCAUAAUCGGCAACCGUGUCAUUUAUUGCCCCUGGAAAAAUGAAACGGGAUAUAAACUUCCUGAAGAAGAAGUUAGUGACCCCAACACUGGGAAUGAAGAAUUGACUGUGAGAGUGAAUCUGGAUCCGCCUACAAGUUCUCCGCCAAGUGCAAGCAAUUCUUCACAAGGAUCCAUUCCUUGUAUUUCUUCAUCUGUGGCAUCAAUCACUCCCGACCCGCCCCCUAACCCAGAACCACCGGACAACCUUACAAGCCAUGUCACUGUCACAGGACAUGGCAAUGUUAUCAUCUCCGCAGAAAAUGACCGCCCCAUGAAAAUCGAUAUCAGCGUCAAAAAAGAGACACGGAGUGCGAUUGAGAGGAAUUUUCCAGACGGCUGUGCCGUCAUGUGAUGACCUGUAGAAUUCGUCUGGGAUAUCAUGUGAGGAAUAGUUCCACUGUAAGACUAGUAUGUGAGUAAACAAAUAGGAAACCCAAAUGCCCCGGCCCCCUUCAUGUUUUGAAGAAGUUCUGCAUGUAUAGCCAGAUCUAGGAUAUGAAAGCCCAAGUAAUGAGCUUUCAUUUAGUAAAAGAAUCAUUGAAAUCGCUCGUGUACUUUUCAAGUUCUGGAAUUUUGGACACAAAUGCAGUUUUAAAAUUUAGUCUAGCAAUCACAAUAAAGAUAAGUGGUAUUUCAGCAAAACGAAGACAAUUCACAUAUCAAUUCACAUAUCAGAACACUCUCAUAAUCAUAAUAACUGGCACUUAUUAUCAUAACCUUUAUUUAAACACCUUCUGCUUCCAAUGUUGAAACAUCAUGCUUUACAAUGUCAAGAGUUUAUAGUCUUGCCCUGUCAAGUUAACGUAAGUCUCAUUCAAACAGUACUAGAAAUUCAAAAUCAAAAACUUUAGAAAUAGUCUCUUUCUGAAUGCCUUAUUAACUUGUCAAUUUAUGCAAAUAAGUAUUCAAUUAUCAUAUGGAUAGAAUCACAUUCAUGAUCACAUGACCUCUGAUAAAGAUGUAAUAUUUGUACCUAAACAUCAAAAAAAAAAAAUUUUAACAGUAACCUGCUAGGAGUCUUAUAUAUUUUUUUACUUAAAUAUGCUUAAAUAUGAAUAUAUUAAAAUUUGCUUAAAUAUGAAUAUACUUGUAAGUGUCUUUCAGCUGGAUGUUAAUAUUUUGUAGAUGUAAGAAUUUCUAUUAGUGUAGUUUUACCUUGCAGGUGUAUAUCUAAACAGAUACAAAUGUACUAGCAUUAUGCUGUACAUUAAAAAAAAUGUCUUACCAUAAUGGUAACUUCUUCUUUUUUGAGAAAACUAGUACAGUAUGCAUUUUAACAGGGUGUAAGGUAUGUACGCACGAGGCCAUCAUUGUUUUUGUAUGUAUGUGGCCCUUCAGCACGGAAGGGGCAAUGCCAUAUUUUUAGGUUUUCACAGACUCUUGUUAUCUCAAAGUCAGCUGGACCUUGCCAAAAUGUUUGCUACGGUAUAUCUGAAUUUUGUAUUAAGUAGAGUCCCGGUCCCAUUCACACUCGCGACCAAUUUGCUAUAACCAUUAUUCGUAUUUACAGUGUUUGUGUUAAGGAGAGUCAACUGUACAUAAUACCAUGUCUCUCCGUUAGUUAGUUAGUUAGUUAGUAACAAACGUGACAUUGUCUGUUCCUCUACACACUUUGACAGAUUUCAGCCAGAUUUGUCAAAGUAUCAGUAGUACAGCCCCAACAUGUCAUAUGAACAAACUGGGGCCAAAGAUUAUCAAGGGUCACUGAGAUCAAAAAGCUAGAUUUUUUUCAACUCAAAACACUUCUCCUUUCAGAAAUUACAUGGCACAAUCUUACUGUCAAUUUUUCAUAAAUACAUUCCACAUUUGUCCAUUCAUCUUCAUGAACAUAACUGACUCAAAAAUGGAAAGAAGCUUCUUUGAUUUUGAUACAUUUUUGGUGGACAAAAAGUACAAGCAAAUUCAUUUCCCUUUUUUUUGUGGAACAACGAACAACAUAAGUGACAAAUCGUGGCAGCAAAGUUUAUCAAAUAUAAAGUGCAUCACAUUUUUUGUUUGCAUUGUCAGAGUCUACCUGAAACUGAGCAAUUUAUCAACUUUCAUAAUUUGUAAAUAGGUUUAGGUCUGCUCAUAUUUUGUGGAAUUUCGUCUUUAAAUUAGUGUACCCCUGAAAGCAAAAAUAAAAAAGUAGAUAAAUAUUAACGGCUUUUGGAUGCCAGCUGGGAACUUGACUAAAUAGCUGUCAUUAAAAUCUUCUAGAAAACAAAGAAAUUGUCGAGACCUUUUUAAACUUUCCUUUUUAAAAGUAAUAUGUAUUAAAACAGUGAACAGCCAUCAUAGACUUUUGCAGAAAAUUAAGUUUUAAGACUUGAAAAGUUGUAUGAUGUUUCAAAAAGCAGCAAUUAUUAGUAUCAGCUUCCUCUUCUUUUGUUUCAUUUUUCAUGAUCAUGUGAAUAUACAGCUGUCCCCAGCUGUAUAUAGCACACAAAACUUGUAUGGUGUAAUAUAUUAUUAUUUCUCUGGUAGUUAUAGUUUGAAGUGUUGACAAUUGUGUUGGGGUAGAAAGUAAAAAUAUAAUUUUGCAUUUUGCAUUUGAAUUGUUUGUUUUUACUCAGUUCUUUUCACUUCGUUUUUAAUCAUUUUGUUCGUGAUUUGCAUAUUACUGAUUGCUUUUUCUAUCUGACUGAAAUUCAUGGCGUUGUCAAAAACAUAGCAAUAACGGAGCAGCUUUUAAAAUAUUGAAGAGUAUGAGAAUGAACAGGAUUACUGUACUUAUACAAAUCUGCAAAUAAGUCACAAUAUUGAAAUUGUUAUUUUUAAACAGACUUAUAUCUUUGAAACACUCCAUUGGAAAUAGAUACAUUUGAUGUUUAAAAACAAUAACUUUAAAGAAAAGUGGAAAUCAACCUGUUACCUUCAGACAAUUGCACAAGUGAAGAGCUCAUUUGCAAAAACAGUUAUAUGAUCCAUUUUCACCUUUUGAGAAAAUGUGCUUUAAAACAACACAGAGAACAUUACUUGUGCACAAAUGUGGACUGCCCAUUACACAUAUCAAACUGUUGUCUAUUUGUAUUUGAAAAAUGAUUUUAGGUGAUCAGGCAAAAUAUUAAGUUGGUGGGUUUUCUCCAAUUUUGUAAAACAAAACACAG